AGUUGUGUGAAGAAUUUUCAAGGACGGGAAAACUAUUGCAGCUGAUAAUACACUGGACUACGCAGCAAAUUUUUUCACACAUGCUUGGUUUUGAUGACCCCAAAAUGCUGGAGUUGAUGCGCCUAUACAUAACAAUUCACACUGAUCACGAAGGAGGGAAUGUUAGUGCUCAUGCUGGGCAUCUGGUUGGAAGUGCUCUGUCAGAUCCUUAUCUUUCUUUUGCAGCGGCACUAAACGGUUUAGCUGGACCACUGCACGGCCUGGCUAAUCAGGAAGUGUUGCUAUGGAUCAAAUCUGUAAUGGAAGAAACCGGGAGUAACAUUACAACUGAUCAGCUUAAAGAAUAUGUUUGGAAGACACUGAAGAGUGGAAAGGUUGUUCCUGGCUAUGGUCAUGGAGUUCUACGUAAUACAGAUCCACGAUACUCGUGCCAAAGGGAGUUUGCACUGAAGUAUUUACCCGAAGACCCACUUUUCCAACUGGUCUCCAAGUUGUACGAAGUUGUGCCUCCUAUCCUCACUGAGUUAGGCAAGGUAAAAAACCCAUGGCCUAAUGUUGAUGCUCACAGUGGAGUUUUGCUCAACCACUUCGGAUUAGUUGAAGCACGGUACUACACUGUCUUGUUCGGCGUCUCAAGGAGCAUGGGAAUUGGAUCUCAGCUCAUUUGGGACCGUUCCCUCGGCCUGCCACUUGAAAGACAGAAGAGUGUCACCAUGGAGUGGCUGGAAAACCACUGCAAGAAGGCUGCGGCCUGAAGCUACACCAAUGCUUCGUUUUACAAAUCAGGCCGUCUUUGAUGUUAAUAAUGACUGAGCAUAAGUUAGGCAUGGUUAGCCUUGUUUUACCAUCUUCGUUUUCCUGGCCAAUAACUGGAGCAAGAGGCUCACAGACGGUAGAAUUUUGUAACCACCGUUACUUGAACACCGAAUCAGUUAAUAUGUCAUUUGGCAUAAAGAGAUUAGGACAUGACACAUAAGUUUUAUGUGUCGCUCGGUAACGUUUUUUAAGUUUGUGUUGCUCGAGUUAACUAUACCAGUUAUAUGAUGUGGGGAAUAAUCUAUCAUGGAAAAGAAUGCUACUACAUUGAUAU